CAACAGCUCAUGGUGGCGCUUCGGAUCCGCCCACUCAGUGAGGCUGAACUGGAGGAAGGAGCCACCAUCAUCGCCCACAAAGUAGGGGACCAGGCAGUUGUGCUCAUGGACCCUGGUGAGGACCCUGAGGACACCCUGCGCGCACACCGGUCCCGGGAGCGCACCUUCAUCUUUGACAGAGUUUUUGACCACCACUCAUCACAGGAAGACGUGUACUCUGCCACCAUCCAGCAUUUGGUAGAGGGUGUCAUUUGUGGAUACAAUGCAACAGUGUUUGCCUACGGCCCCUCAGGUGCAGGGAAGACCCACACCAUGCUGGGUAUGGAUGCAGAGCCUGGCAUCUAUCUGCAGACCCUCACUGACCUCUUCCAGGCCAUUGAGGAGACCCGGGACAACAUGGACUACAGUGUGUCCAUGUCUUACUUUGAGAUUUAUAAUGAAGUUAUCCGGGACCUCCUGAACCCAUCCUCUGGGUUUCUAGACCUGAGAGAAGAUUCUAGGGGCAGCAUCCAGAUUGCUGGCAUCACAGAGGUCUCCACAUUGAAUGCCCAAGAGAUCAUGCAGCUCCUCACCAGGGGCAACCGGCAACGCACACAGGAGCCCACGGCCACCAACAAGACGUCCUCACGUUCCCAUGCAGUGCUGCAGGUGACAGUGCACCAGCGGCGGCGUGGCCGAGACCUGGCAGAGGAAGUGCAUCUUGGCAGGCUUUUCAUGGUGGACCUGGCUGGCUCAGAGCGUGCUUCCCAGACUCAGAACCGUGGCAAGAGGAUGAAGGAGGGCGCGCACAUCAACCGCUCCCUGCUGGCGCUGGGCAACUGCAUCAAUGCACUCAGCGAGAAGGGCGGUCGCGCGCAGUAUGUCAACUUCCGGGACAGCAAGCUCACACGCCUGCUGAAGGACGCCCUGGGAGGAAACAGCCAUACCGUGAUGAUUGCCCACAUCAGCCCAGCCAGCAGCAGCUUCGAAGAGUCACGAACCACACUGCUCUAUGCAUACAGGGCUAAAAACAUCAAGACGAGGGUCAAGCGCAACCUGCUAAAUGUCUCCUACCGCAUUGCGCAAUACACGGAUGUCAUCUCAGACCUACGCAGGGAGAUUGAGCAUCUCAAAUCAAAAAUUGAGAAGCAAGAGAAGAACAAAAGUGAACCUGGCAUCCCGGAUGUUCAAGUCACAAUUGCCCCCCACGAUGCAGAAGAGGAAAGCCACCGGCAGAUGAACAAGAUCCGGGCACAACUCAUCGGGGCCUUUAAAGAGCAGAUGGAGAUGCGGCACAGUCUGGUGGAGCUGGAGAAUACCAACCUCGAACUGCACAUGGACCUGUCCCGCCACCUGCUGACCAUUGCAGACUGGGAGCAGGAGAAGAGCGACCUCCACAUGCAGAGAGACCAGGGCGAGCUGGAGAAGGAUGAGGAGCUGGCAGACACUGAGGGGGAGGAUGCGCCCACAGAGCCACAUGAGGUGGCUGUGGCUAGAGAAGAAGUCAACCUCCUGUUAGCAGAGCAUCGGAAAACCUCAGCCCUCAAGGCCGGCCUGGAGCAGCGGCUGGCCCACGCCAAGCAGAAGGCCUCACAGAUGGAGACACUGCUGCCUGCCCAGGUGACCAGCAAGGACCAGCGAGAGGUGCUGCGGCUGCUGUGCAGGGCCCACGAGCUGGAGGUGGAGAACACGGAGCUGCGGGCCGACAGCCUGUGCCGCAAGACCCUGCUGUGCCAGAAGGACUUGGUGAUCCAGCGCUGCCACCAGCACCGGCGGCUCUGUGAGCAGCUCAUCCGGGGGCAGCAGCAGUUGAUGCAGGACAGUGGCAUCCAGGUACCAGAGGCCCUAGAGAGACAGUACCAGCUAUAUUUCCGGGAGCUAGGUGAGGGCACGCUGGACCGCUUGCUGCUACUGCACUCUGGGAUGGCCAGUUCGCUGCAGACAACAGUGAUGCCCUGGGGCCCCAGGGACAGCCAGGGACCUCUGACCAUUCCCUUUGGUACUGAUUUCCUGCAGAAGCCGAGCACCCUGACUAUGAAGAGCCUCAUAAGCAAGCUGAACCCCCCCGCUGGUCUGGAGCUGGGUGCCCAUUGGCCGAUGGGGGAGGCUGGAAGCCCAGCCCUGAGUGUCCAGGCCCUCAAGGAGAUGGCCCUCGGCACCAAGAGCAUCGCCCGCAUUGCAGCCAGCCGGCGCUCCAAGGCACAGGACCAGGAGGGCAGUAGCAGCCGCUCCUCCCGUCACCUUCUGGAGGAGGCAGCCCUGGACUCUAGGAACCCAAAGCCCAGUGCCACCCCAGACCUCAGCCCUGCACAGAAAACAUGGCCCCCUGCCAGCCCCAGCAGGGACCGCUCCAUGGAAAGGAAGGCCAGGAGGAAGCGGUCACCCUCUAUCGCCUGCAGCGUACAACCGGUGACAGAGAAAGCUGCCCUCUCUGUGGAACAUUUGGCAGAGAGUCAGACCUCAAAGUCAUCAGGAAAGGGCUUUUUCCCAGCUGUCCUUGCAGCCUCCAAGAGGAAACCCACCCUCAGUGUUCACACAGGGAGAACCCACAUCGAGAGGUGCCUUCGAAAUGGCAACAUGGUGAUCCCGUAA